AUGGGCGCAGAAACAAUUGACCUCAAGGAUAUACAUGAUUUUCUGAUAGAUCUAGCUUUCAAGGCUGGAGAAAUCAUUACCAAUGCCUUGCCGAACACAGGAAGUACAGGGUCAAAGAAGAACAAUCUCGUCACUGAAUAUGAUCGUGCGGUUGAGAAAAUGAUAUCUACAGCGUUGGCAGGAAGGUACCCGCAGUACCAAUUUCAUGGCGAGGAGACAUAUGACCCUGCAAGUCCACUAACUGAUGCCCCCACAUUCGUCGUCGAUCCUAUCGACGGUACAGUCAAUUUUGUGCACGGAUUCCCAUAUGCAUGCAUCUCUCUUGGAUUUGCAAUCGACAGAAAACCGGUCGUUGGCGUUGUUUACAAUCCAUUUAAUAAUACCCUCUACUCCGCCAUUCGUGGAGAAGGGGCAUAUUUAAAUCGCAACACUAAACUUCCUCUUAACGCUAGGAGCCUUGAGCCGUUGAAUGGCCUGGAGAAUGCUCUCAUCGGCGUUGAGUGGGGUUCGGAGAGAGCAGGCAAUAAUUGGGUGACGAAGGUACGAACAUUUGAAAAACUCGGCAAAACCAAAGGUGACGGCGGUGCAAUGGUACGCUCAAUGCGUAGCAUGGGCUCAGCUGCAUUGAACCUUUGCGCUGUCGCAUGUGGGAAUCUCGACUUGUAUUGGGAAGGUGGUUGCUGGGCGUGGGAUGUUUGCGCUGGCUGGGUCAUUCUAACAGAAGCUGGCGGUACAAUCGUGGACGGCAACCCUGGCAACUGGGAAGCUACCGUUGAUGGGCGAAAGUAUCUCGCAGUUCGAGGAUCACCAAAUCAAGCAGGACAGAAGGAGCUCAUCGAGGAGUUUUGGGGGCAUAUACAAGGCCAUCUCGAGUAUUGA